GGCACAAUGAAAACAUAGCUACGGGGAGGACAAGUGAAAAUAAGAAACGAUGUUUGAUAUGUAGAACGACUUCUUUGUUUGUACAGGAGCCUAUUCGAGAGCACCGAGACAAUUUACCACGAUAUAUAAGCAAUUACAUCAUCCUCGACCCGCGUAGUAGAUUGGAACUGCUUGGAACUACCGUUCCGCCCCGCAUAGUGAAAAGUCCCGGACCUGCCAGUCGCGGCUCGACGAAACGUUUCGACGAGACCAGAGAACGGAACCGGAAUCAUCAUGCGGAUGAUCUAGACCAGCAUCAGCAACCAUGUCGCAGAAGCCGAAGAAGGAUUUUUAUCGGACGUACCAGACGUCCGAUUCGCUGAGCUUUCUUGACGCCUCACUAGUCAAACGUUUGGAGCCAUUGCUGGCACAAAGAGACCGUCCAGGAUGCGUCGACUUGCCUUCUUUCGUAUCGAUGAUCUACGACCUUGCUUCGAGGAACUCCGAUUUGCGGAAAGGUGAGGAACUAAGCUACGUGGAGUGUCUGUGCGUGCUCUUUCAGGCAGUGGCGGAUUCCCAGGUGCUGUUGCCGGGGAUCGAUGCACCUGAAGCGCUUAGCUUCAAUGAACUGGAUUGGUCCUGGGUUACGGAUUUUUUUAUUCGAGAGAAGAUUUCCUCAGUCAAAAUCAAAGACCCGAAUGAGGAGGAGGAAGCGGGUGCAGCAGGCGCGCAGGGGGGGAGCGGAGGGGAAGGACAGUACUUACUAUUUUUUCUCGUCUGACCACGGUCGUGACUUGUAGUACAAGUAGGAGGUGCAUCUUCUAUCUUUCUAGUUUCUACCUGUUGUAGUAGAAGUAGAACAACUAGAUGUCGCUUCUCAACAUCAAACCCUGCUCCACAGACGCGACGCUCCUCGUUUUACUGUCUCCAAGAUCGCGGAUUAUUCUACGCAUCCCGGUGACGUCUGUGCUCUGAUGGCUUGGCACCGAUGGGGCCUCAUCCUUUCCGCUGAUCGAGAAUAUCCUGCCGUGAAAGUCUAUGACCCCUAUCAGCAGCCUCACGGUCCGCCAAUCUACUGCGGAGAUCUCCCGUUUUUUCCGUACAAUAUGUCUGGCGGAAGCUUGAUUAGGAGGAGUGACGUGACGUUGCACGACUUUAUCCAGAACAUGUGCACGCCCCCUACAGCCAUGGACGUAAAGAAGGGCUCGAAGCUGAAGGAAGAGAGGAUUAUGGGUACAGUAAUUGUUGACUUUCUCAGUUGUAAUUGUUGACUUUGAUGACUGCUUGAUCUUCAUGGGCAUUUUUCGUAUAAUUUCAAUUCCUUUAUGGUUCACUUCCUUCUCCUUGGUGUUGAGCCUGGAUGUCUCUAUCUUCUUUGUCCACCUCAUUCAAUCGUGCUAAUGACAACUGCAAGCGGAAUCAUAGGAUCACCCCCAAGCGCGAUCACAACAUCUUCACCAACCAUUCUUGCAUGCUUACGACUACACUAACGUCACCUAUCUCGUCCGACAGCACCACUGACUCUUACAAUACAACAGUUCCCCCACGUCAAGUCGUGUACCCGCCGAAAGGCGCCUUUCCGAUUAUGGUCGCUGUGGAUGAGAAAAACGACACUUUAGGAGUCAUCUUCUCCUCCAGACAUCUCUGUUUUUGGCAGUGCGGCGACGGCGGCCUACGACUUACUGCUAUUUACCCCGUCCACACAGCUUUCACCGGUCUUUGGUACGUCGAGAAAUCGCUGGGUGAGUGGAUAGGCGCUUUCGCUGAUUUCAACUUAGGUGUCUACAAUCGAGAACAACUCCGCUUAAAGUACGGUUCGCCCAUGUCCUUUUCGCUGGUGCCGCAGAGGUCGAACGCGGAUGUGAAGCUCGUAGCACCCUUGGCGAUUUUACGUGGCCACAUGGAUCAAGUGGUAAUGAUUAUCCCGAUUCAAGAGGACUACAUGGCCAGCGCGAGCUACGACUGCAACGUGUUGAUAUGGGAAAGGAAGACAGGUGCGCAAAUGAAGCGAAUAAGUAGCGGCGUAGGGCUACGAGGAAUUGCAUACAACUGGACUAUGGUAAGUAUAUCUUAAAAAAUCAUGUUGAUUAUGUUUAACACCUUGAUGAAGUAGAAGAACACUACGGUUGUAUAGAUACGGUUGAGUACUCAUGUCCGACAACUCGAUCAUGCGAGUGUAUCUCAAUUCGUUUCUCAACCUGGCUCUCCAGGAUCUCCUGAUGACAGUCGGUUUUGCUCCAGAAGCUAGUUUGUACCAGUUGGGCAAGAUCGAUGACGGCAGUGCCACGAGCUCCAUCAAGCGCGCUGGGGUCUUGCGCGGUCACAUUUCUGGGCUGACCUGCUGCGCAUUCAUGGGUCCUCACAUGGCUAUUACCUGUGACGACGUCGGCUACAUCCGCCUGUGGGACCUCAAGAAUGGACAAAAUUCCUGCUUCCAGAUGAUUCAGAGCGACACUGUCGCACAAUCCAUAGCCCUUGUGCAUCGAUUGGAAGAAGGCUACGUGAAGAUGGGGCAUUUCAGUCGUCAAGCAAGGGAAAGGGCUGAGUUCACUCUGCAAGAAUUGCUCACACAGCAGGAGGAUAGCGAUUUCGUGAUUGGCGGAGAGCGACUUCUCAAAAUCAGGAAAAUGGGACAGCACCCGCAAGCGGGAAACAUACCACAGAUCAUCUUCGCGGAUAUCUGCUACCUGAAUUAUGCCAUCCACCAACUGCUUUUUCUCAAUCAGUCUCUUCCUAGUAUUAUAAAUGGAUCAGGACCAGCAGGCUUCUUUUCGAAAUCCCAUUAACUCUAAUGAGUAUGAUUUAUCAUUUGAAUCUGCUCGUGAUAGCGCUAGUGCUACUCCUACUUUGCUUGUUGUGCUACACAACGUACAUCAACGUUCACUAUUCAACGUUCACUACUCCUGCCUCUUCUAAUCACCUCACAGUUUAGUCGUCGUAACAGAGCAGUACGUGUACGCCUUCCAUGCAGAGAGUGGGGUGCAGUUACGCGCAGUGUCUGCCCAGCAAAUUUUCGCAGAUGCAGAGGAUAAGGUAGCUGAGAAAGAGCGAGACAACUACGAGAUCGCGCGUGAGCAUGCGGAGGAAAGUGCGGCUCGUGGAAGCCGUUUCGCUUUUCCCGGUAGUGUGCCAGGGAGUCCUACUACAUCCGGAGGUGGCAGUCCUGGAGGCGGCGCCAGCGUUGUUACGGCCCCCACCGGGAAUUUCCCAUUUUGAAAAGCCUCCUGACUCCUGAGGCCUCUCUUCAAGGGAAAGCUAGGUCGUCCAGGAUCACUUUCAGAAUGAAUUCCUGUCUAAUGUUGUCGGAUCUAAUCCCGGAGGAAGAUCAACAACGUCACCGAACGCUGGUGGCAGUAAGAGUGGAGGCAAAGGUGGACUUUUGGGUGAGGAGGAAGAAGGUGCAUCACAGAAGACGGUUUCGCGAGAAGCUGACUCAAGGCUUCAAACUUCAGUGGAGCGAGCAUUUACAACGGAAAUAAUGGGGAAGCGCGUGUACAGGAAGCAGGAGCUGAAGAAACUAGCUUUGGAGCGGAAAUAUGGCGUAGGCUUUGAUAAAAAGAACAAGUUUAGCAAGACUUCUAGUGCCGGAUUUUUCGGUGGUUUGUUCGCGCCAGAGGUGAGCUCCCCGUCACCGAGGAGACGGCGACGGUCUGGGUCGCACAUGAACAGCGAUGACAGCGAUACGCAAGGCGGAGGACGUGGAGGAAAAAAAGGUGGACGUGGUGAGAGAGGAGCUGGAGGCUUAGGCGGAAACACUAUGAACAGUACUAGCACAAUGAGCGACCAGAAAAGCCAGAUGAGUAAGACGCAUAGCGGUAGUUUUUUUCGCGGACGGGCAGGGAAAAAGUCACCGCAUUCCUACAGUUCCGAAAGCGAAGCUGAUGACCUCGAUCUAGACGAGAUCAAUGAGCACUUGCUGGAAGACAAUCAUCAAAUUCGCAAAGACAAUCGCGGAAUGGAGACAAUUAGCUCUGCAUGUUUUGACGCGACACAAGCGAGGCUUAUUCUAGGAAGCGAUCGUGGCAAGAUUAUCAUAGUCGACAACAAGCGGUUUCAACCGGUGUGUCCUAGAUUGAGGAAUACACACAUGGCAGGAAAAAGCGUUACGCAUUUAGUGUACAUUCCGCAAACGGCGACGAAUAUUGGGCACUACAGGUAGUAGGUCUCAAAGUUCAAAGAAGCUUUUCAGUUUGCGUACUUAUUUUACCCAUAAUUCCUAUGUAUAUGUAAGAAGUAAUCUUCCUCGUAGUGUACUAGGACGAAGUCCAUAAUCUUCAAGAAGAUGAAGUCUUAGGUAGUCCAUCUUCUUCUUCCCUGAUGCUGAUCAAGUCGAGAGACACGAUGAAACUUCCAACCUGCAGGUACUACAACUACGGUCUCCAGAAGGGUGCCCAUAUCGCUGAGAUCCAGCACAUGAUGCAGGAACCUAAGAAUUAAGGGUUCCCACAUUACAUCCUUCACUAGCAUCCCUGACUCUUUUUUCAGUAGGAAAUGAGUCAGGGAUGUUCUGAGGAAUGUAAUUCCGUAACCUCUAAAAGAAUCAGCAGUUUCUACCCUCAGUGGAGCACUUCCUCAGACCCCCGCUGAACCUUCCAGAAGGUCUAAUUGCAUCUGGCGGCUCUGACGGCACUAUCCUUCUCGUGAGCGACAAUCCCGCACGUGGAUACCCCCUGCAGUUUCGUCUGACGUAUUCCCAAGACGCGUGUAGACUGAAGAACCUGUUCUUCGACUUCGAUUCUGGCUACUUGGUCAGUGUAACUGACAGCUACAUCAAAUGGUGGGAGCCGCACUUGGACAACGGAGAACCAGCAAGAACGAUACCUUUGACCCAGAAGAAUCUACAUGCAUUGGGUGUGGCGAAAGGAGAGCCCAACGCUGCCGAUCCAGCAUUAAGGCUUGACGUACUUACAACAACCUUCUUUGCCUUUUGCAAUAAAUGGUUGUACUCUUUUUGUUGGUUUUACAGAUUUUGAGCCAAUAAGGUAGAAGCCGCAUAUGCAGCUUGAUAACGACUGGCCAAUUAUACGGUAGAAGCCGCAUGUGCAUGUGCUUGAUCGAGUAUGAAUUGCUACCAGGAUUAGUCUCUAUGGGCACUACGGACAGUGUCAUCAGGGGCACAUACAUGAGAUGGGAAGAUACACAUAUCGCAGUCGAGAUCAAUUCCUUUCUUUAUACAACGUGUAUUCUUACACUUCUAAACCUUUCUUUAUCUUUGUCUUCUCUUUUUCCUUGUUUUUCACUUGUUUUUUCACUUCAACAAAGAACCGAAACAGAUGCCCUGGGAAGAUACAACGUGUAUCCUUACACUUCUAAACUAGGGAUCCGUUAGCUUUGCCACGACUGGCGGUAUAGCUUCAUCCAGUGCUUUGGGUGGAGACGGACCUGGUGGCGUUGUGGUAGGAACGGGAGGCGCCGCAAGUAGUACUGGCUCUAUGGUUCUUGGAGGACCAUCUGGUGGAGGAGGUCUUCUUGGCGCACAACCUGGUGGAGGAGGUCUUGUUGGGGUACAAAAUGGUGCACUUCUAGCCUCUUCUCUAGUAGCCUCUUCUUCGUCCGCUCCCGGUGGCGGUACACCUCAACAGGCGUUGCCAAGGUAUCUGCCACUCCGCAGUGACCAGCUGAUCGGGUCAGCGGCGUUGAGGUGGCGGCGGUACAACAACAAUCUGGCUUUCUCGGUGGAUGCCACAACUGGCGAGAUUUUUUGUAUCAACAUGGAGCGGGGUGAAGUCGAGACGAGGUUCCAUCAUAGGAAAACCAUCAUACACAAAGACGAAAUACACGAUGUCCAGUUCAAGACUACGGCGAUGUGCCUAGUUUUAAGGCUCACCCUAAAAAUCCAUCUUCUGAAGCAUCAUCUUAGACCUGUCCCAUAAGGCGGGGAAAAUAGGGCUAAGAUGAAUCAAUCCCGCGAUGGAUUAGGGUGAGCUCUAAUAGUUGAAUGGGACGUGAACAAGCUCGAGUGGGCUGACCCAGCAAAAAAAUCGGGGCCAGUCGCCUUUUCACAACGCCCGCCAACACAAACGCCGCCAAGUACAGCGGAGCGAGAUGCGACAAGAGGGAAAAGACCGAGUCUUGCAGAGCUAGAGAGCUUUCCGAAUCCAAGUAGGGCUUCGAGUGGAAGUAUUCAAGUGAUAGAUCUUUUUUCAAAUCCAAGUAGGGCUUCGAGUGGAAGUAUUCAAGUGAUAGAUCUUUUUUUUGCCCGGGUCUACAUACUUUGCCAUUCUUCCCAACAUUUCAUCAAAUCAUUUCUUCGUGAUAUGAAAUUCUGAGAAGGUCAUCAUCUAAGUACUUAUGCGUCAAUAAUCACCGACCACAACACCAAAUCCAGCUCCAAAGUCCGAUCCUGGAUCGCUUGGCCAAUUUCCGUAUUUCAAGGAUUUUCAGAGAGUCUUAG